CGACAACCCCAGCCCAUUAUGAACUUGGAUUUACCGGAACGUGUCUAUUGUGCGGAUGUACACUAUCCACUAGCAAUUGUUGGUUUGGCAAAUCGUCAAGUGAUUGCAUACAAUUUGGAAAAUGGUCCCACUGAAUUCACUCGAAUCGAAUCACCACUUAAAUUCCAGAGCCGCUGUGUAUCCAUUUUCCUGGACAAACAAAAGCAACAACCGAAUGGAUUCGCAUUGGGUAGCAUUGAAGGUCGUGUUGCAAUUCAGUAUUUCAGCCCCACCACACCGAAGGAAAACUUUACCUUCAAAUGCCAUCGGUCCAGUGCUGCUGUGAACGGUUACCACGAGAUAUACGCAGUAACCACAAACUUCUCCAUCUAUUUACACUUUUCGCGGUCAUUCCUCAGGCUCUUAAUGAACCGGCGUUUAAGGGAUUUGCGCGCUGUGUCAAAUUUGGCAUCUGAAGGAAUUUUUCUGCGACAGUGUAGCAUGGCGACCAAGGUUAAGAGGAUCCACCAUUUGUGCUUUGAUCGUGCACCAAAACCCACGGUUUUUUUUUUAUCAACAUUUGGCUUUCUUAAUUAA